UCGAUACCAUUUACAUAUAUAACACAUAUAUACAAAUAUACAUUAUAUACAUAAUUGUCAAAAAUCUUUUUGUAUUUUGUAUAUUUUUAAAAUUAUUUUCGGUAUUUAAUUAAAAUUGUGGCAUGUUGAAUGUGAAUUACGUUGUCGCCUACAAAAGAAAAUCUAAAAAGGGUUACUGCCAACAACUUUAGCAUUCGAACGGAUGAUUUUGUGCAGAGGGAAAGUUUGAUGUAGACGACCAACCGACCGACCGACGAAACAAACAAAGAGACGUCACAUACAACUUACACAGCCAACAACGUAAAAAAUCAAAACUGAGCUUCCACCAAGUCCAAGACACCAACAGCCAAUAUGGACUAUGUGUAUUGUGGGGAUCCUAAUGAUCCAAUUGCAGGAGAAGAAAUGCUAAACGUUUACGAUGGCACUCGAUCAGCGAACCAUUACUCGCCAAAUUUUGGUGGCUUUAAUUUGGGCUCCGAACCAGACUAUAUGGAAAUGGUUCCCAUAUUGGCGGAUGGCGGUGAAAAUUUUGGAGUUUCAGCGGUUACUUUUGACAAUUAUGAAGAACUCUUGUGGAUGGGCAAUCAAGGGGGUCACGUAACAUCGUAUUAUCUUAGCAACACUUUGCAAAAGUACACAUCAUUCCAAGUGCAUCCCUCGGAUAUUGUGCGCCAAAUAUCUACAAUUGAUUCCGGCAUAUUGGCUUUGACCCAGACUUCGUUGCGACAUCAAAUACGCCGAGGAAUUCCGAAAUUUACACACAAGUCUAAGCACAUGACAGAGAUGGUGUGCAUGCAACAGUUGUCGCCGCAUCGUUUGAUAAUGGCUGGCCUUCAGGAUGAAAUGAUCGAUUUUGAUUUGAGAACAUUAAAGGAAACCAAAUUGGAACAUGUGGGCUCUGCUGGAUGCACAGUUUUGCGUCAAAACUCCCGCUUUCUCUUUGCUGGCGACCCCUUUGGAAAUGUAACAUUACGCGACCUCAAUUCCCUGCAUGUUGAACAUACCAUAAAGACCCAUACAGGAAGUCUUUCGGAUUUCGAUGUCCAAGGCAACUAUUUGAUAUCCUGUGGCUACAGUGGCCGUCAAGGCACCCUUGCUGUGGAUCGCUUCCUUAUGGUUUAUGAUUUACGUAUGCUGCGCUUAAUUUCUCCGAUUCAAGUGUUAAUUGAUCCACAACUACUGAAAUUUUUACCAUCACAAACGUCCCGUUUGGCAGUGGUUUCAAGCUAUGGCCAAGUCCAGUUAGUGGAUACGGUGGAAUUAAGUGAGCCACGUGUAUCUAUGUAUCAGAUCAAUACUACGGGCACUCCUUGUUUGCUAAGUUUUGAUGUUAGUUCAUCGUCGCAAGCUCUGGCAUUUGGUGAUCAAUCGGGACACAUUAGUAUUAUGACGGCAGUAAAUGUACCCCAGCCACAAUUCAACAGUUUUUCGAGAGAAAUUGAGUUUCCCGAUCCCUUGCCCCAGUUGCCGAUUGUGCCGAUAACGGAUACUACAUUCCCCCUUUCGUCGAUUGUAUUACCACAUUUGGUUACCGGAUCUCGUUGGUUCUCCGAUUGGCCAGCGGAGUUGCUCAACUAUCAGUAUCGACGCCCCAAGCCCAUUGAUGCAGAAAUACUGAAUCAUAUGAAAAUGCAAGGUCCCAUUGGCUAUUCUCCCAACCCUCGCACCCAGAGGCGCAACCAAAUACCCUACAUUAUAGAGAAUGCCAGUGGACUUACUGGUUCCGGAAAUGGACUCACCAAUACAAUUAAAUCUUCAGAUCCCGGCGUCAAGAUUAUACCACGACGCUAUCGCAAAGUUGAAUUGAAAUAUUCCAAAUUGGGAACACAAGAUUUCGAUUUCGAACAACACAAUCAGACAUGUUUUGCAGGGCUGGAGGCCACCUUGCCGAAUUCCUAUUGCAAUGCUAUGCUUCAGAUUUUGUACUUCAUUGAACCGUUGCGACAAAAGCUAUUGGAACAUCGCUGCAGCAAGGAGUUUUGUCUUACGUGUGAAUUGGGUUUUCUCUUCAAUAUGUUCGACAAAUGUACGGCAUCCACACCAUGCCAGGCCAGUAACUUUUUGCGAUCUUUCCGUACGGUUCCGGAAGCAUCUGCAUUGGGACUUAUUCUGUCGGAUCGUUCGUCCAAUGUUAAUCUGAUGAAUUUGAUACAGAAUUGGAAUCGUUUUAUUUUGCAUCAAGUGCACUACGAGAUUCUGGAGUCAAGCAAAAAUGGUCAUCUGAACCAUUCGAAAUACGGCAGUGUUGGUAAAAAUUCUGUGGACAUUGUCACCGAGGAAACGGAGGAAAUCUUCCAAGGCAUCGAUGUUAGAAAUGAUGAAGCUGCAAAGGAUGACCAGGACCAUGAGGCACACGAACGUAGUAAGGUGAACACAGAAACCGAUAUUAGUCGUCUGUUCGGCACAAAACAGACAACAGUAAAUCGCUGCCUUAAAUGUAACGAGGAUAAGACAAAGCAGAGUAUUUUAUUGACCUGUAACCUAAGCUAUCCGCAUGGCUCGAAGGAGACUGAGUACUUUAGUUUCGGUAGCAUACUAAAGGGCUCUUUGAGUUCGGAGAAGAGCAUUCAGGCGUUCUGUGAAAAUUGCAAAAAGUUUUCACCCACAAAACAAAUGGUCAAGGUUACAAGUCUUCCACAAAUAUUGACGGUAAACUGUGGUUUAAAUAACGAAAAGGAUUUGGGUUUUCUGCGAAGACAUUUGCAACGCAACAAUUUCAAUUUAUCCGAAAGUCCAGCUACAUUGAACACCAACAAACCCUGUCGUUAUGGCAUCAAUUGUUCACGCAGUGACUGUCAUUUCCUGCAUCCUGAUCGUAAAUCGCCGUCUAUGGCCUCCAGUACCCAGCAACAACCGGCAAACGUCAACAUAUCUCCAAGUGGAAGGCAAACUUCAUGGUUUCCCCUGUCGUUUUCAAUGUCUCUAAAUGACCAGGGAGAGUUGAGUGUGCAAACCGAGAAUAGCAACACCAAGUUGACUGUGGAAUCCAAUGAACGUAACCCAAAAAGCAAUGGUAAGUUUAGAGACAGACAAUGCAUUCAUUUCCACAUUUCAACAAUUUUGUCUUUACAGAGAUCCAGUGGUGUUACCGAAUCGUAUCGUGAAUAUGCCCUGCAUGCUGUUGUCUGUCAAAUUGAUGAUGGAACUCAGAAAAAUCUGGUUUCUCUAAUAAAUGUUAGCAAGAAAUAUCACACCAUGAAAAUGGAGACUAUGAACGGCUCCGAGGAGCAACAACAGUGGUAUAUUUUCAAUGACUUUUGUAUUUCGCCCGUCUCAAAUCAGGAAUCAGUUUGGUUUACAUUGGAUUGGAAAGUGCCUUGUGUAUUGUUUUACAGCAGUGUUAACACAGAGAAAAACGAAAUACUGGAGUGUAUGGUCGAUAUACCGCACAACGAGCCGCAACCAUUGUACAAUCCAUUCUUGGAGGAUAUAGAGAAUGUGGCCCAUGGCAGUAAUACCGGUGAUCCGUUGUUUAAACCUCUUCAGUCCCAUGAAAUGCCCCAGGCCGGCGAUUUGGUGGCCAUGGAUGCGGAAUUUGUUACCUUAAAUCCGGAAGAGAAUGAGUUACGUCCAGACGGCAAAACAGCAACCAUAAAACCAUGUCACAUGAGCGUGGCACGUAUUUCAUGUAUUCGAGGACAAGGCCCAGAUGAAGGUGUCCCCUUCAUUGAUGACUACAUAUCUACCCAGGAAAAGGUUGCUGAUUAUCUGACCCAAUUCUCUGGCAUAAAACCGGGAGACUUGGAUGCCAAUUUCAGCAACAAACGUUUAAACAGCAUGAAAAAUUCAUAUCAAAAACUAAAGUAUCUGGUGGAUGUGGGAGUCCUGUUUGUGGGCCAUGGUUUGAAGAACGAUUUUCGCGUCAUAAAUAUAUUUGUACCCUCUGAGCAAAUCAUUGAUACUGUCCACCUGUUCCACUUGCCACAUCAUCGCAUGGUAUCACUGAGAUUUUUGGCUUGGCAUUUUCUGGGCACCAAAAUCCAAUCGGAAACUCACGAUUCGGUGGAAGAUGCCCGCACCACAUUGCAGCUGUACAAACACUAUCUGCAGUUGCAGGCGGAGAAGAAAUUCCUGGCAGCUCUUAAAAAUCUCUAUGAUCGUGGCAAGCAAUUGCAGUGGAAAGUACCGGAAGAUUAGAAGGAGCAUUUAACUUAACUUUAGUAAGAAAACAUUGGAAAAAAUCCCGUCGUAAAUUUAAAAAAAAAAAAAAAAAGAAAACAACAAAGUACAAAAUGACACUCAACUGAACCGUACCGCGAGCAACAAAAUUGUUAUUCCAUUUUAAAUGACAUUUCGGCACAUUAUUAAAAACAAAAAAAAAAAAAAAA